UCCAAAUUCACAAGGCGUGACAGGGUUGCACAAGUGGAAUGUAGACACAGCUAAAUCUAUCAUGGUCGUUAUUGUGCUGUUUUUCAAUCCAUUCGUACACGUACAUGCCGUAUAAUAGAGUAUCUAUCGUUAAUAUUUGUCUGUGUCGUACAUGAGCGCUUCUCGGGCUAGCUUAGCUUGUUAGCUGCCAACAAUUGCGGAAGUUAGCAACACGUAGCUAAGCAGAGAUCGAGUGUGAAGAAAAACGAAAGAAAGAUGGCAGAGAACGAGGAGGAAACUUCUGGAAUAAAAGACGAUAACGAGCAACCGCUGGACACCCUUUUCAAGAAGUCUGUUCAAUUUGGGUUACACACAGCAGAUGUCAGUGAAGAACAUCUUCCCCCUGAGCAGCAGGAAGGGAGCUCCAAGGUGGAGCAGGAGGAGCCCCAGCCCUCCCACAUUAAAGAAGAAGAAGAAGAGACAAAGACCCCCGAUAUUAAAGAGGAAGAGUAUCACAGCGUCAGUCAGGAGGGAGAGCAUCUUGAAAGACUGGAUGAGUUCCCAGUGAUCGGUGUCCAUGUGAAGUGCGAAGAUGACGAAGACAAAGGUCAAAUUGAGGAGAAGGGAGAGGUGGAACCACAAAGCAGAAGCUCAACUCAACAACGCAUGACAACAGAGGCUGAUGGAGGAUCACAAGCAGACGGCCUUUUAGCUCCGCUAUCAGAUAGUGACAAGGGAAUGUCACCACCCCCUCACAUUGACGAUGAAGACUGGAAAGCAGAUAUGACGCCUCACACUGACAACAGACUCUGGAAGUGCUCACAGUGUGGCAAAUCCUUUAGCCGCCAGUCAAAUUUAAAUAGCCACGAGAGGAUCCACACUGGAGAAAAACCUUUUACUUGCUCAGUUUGCGGAAAAAGAUUCUCCGUGAAAGGCAAUUUGACAACACACAUAAGAAUACACACUGGAGAGAAACCAUUUUCCUGUUCAGUGUGUGGUAAAGCUUUCGGACGAACAGAUGACUUGAAAGUGCACAUGAGAAAACACACUGGGGAAAGACCUUAUACCUGUUCAGUGUGUGGAUUAACCUUUAAACGGAAACGAUGUUUGAACAUACACAUGAGAAGACACACUGCAGAGAAACCUUUUACUUGUUCAGUUGGUGGUCAAAGAUUUUCCCAGAAGGCACAUUUGAGAGAACAUUCAUGGAGACACACUGGAAAGAAACCUUCCACACGUUCAGUCUGUGGCUUACGUUUUGUACGGAAUUCAGAUAUAAAACGACACAUAAGGAGACACCCCGGAGACAAAAAAUAUUUCUGCACAAUCUGCAACAAAAGCUCUUAUGACCGAACAACACUUGUAAGACACAUGAGAAGACACGCUGACAUCAGGGAAGAUCUUCCCCCAGAGCAGCAGGAGCGGAUCUCUCAGGUGGAGCAGGAGGAGCCACAGCCCUCCAACAUUAAAGGGGAAGAGAAGGAGCACAGCGUGAGCCAGGAGGGAGAGCAGCUUGAACGAUUGGAGCUCCAAGUUGUUAAUGUCUCUGUGAAGAGUGAAGAUGAAGACGACAAAGGUCAAAGUGAGAAGAGAGAGGCGGAGUCUCCAAGCAGCAGCUCAGCUCAACACACGACAGAAGCUGAUGGACACCGCUGUGGAGGAUCACCAGCAGACGGACUCCUAGCUCCGCUAUCAGAUACUGACGACACAUUAUCACACUUUCCUGACACUGAUGAUGUGACAUCUGACACGGACAACAGAUGCUGGAAAUGCUCUCAGUGUGGCAAAACGUUGGCCAGCAAGGCAAAUCUGAUGGUACAUACGAAGAUCCACACAGGAGACUCCCCGUUUGCGUGCUCAUUUUGUGGUAAAAAAUUCUUGCGCAAGUCAAGUUUCACAGUACACACAAGAAUACACACUGGGGAGAAACCAUACACCUGUUCAGUGUGUGGUAUCGCUUUUGCACGAAAAGAUGAGUUGAAAGUACACACAAUAAUACACACUGGGGAGAAACCUUUUACCUGUUCAGUGUGCGGUAUAGGUAUUACGCGAACAAAUGAAUUGAAAAUACACAUGAGAAAACACACGGGGGAAAAACCGUUUACCUGUUCCGUGUGUGGCGUAAGCUUUGUGCGAAAUCAAUGUUUGAAAAGACACUUAAAGACACACACUGGAGAGAGACCUUUUACCUGUUCAGUUUGUGGUAAACGAUUUGCAGAGAAAUCCCAGUUAACAGUACACACCAGAAUACACACUGGAGAAAAACCUUAUAGCUGUUCAGUGUGUGGUUUAAGUUUUGUACGAAAUCAUAUUUUGAAAAGACACUUGAAGAAACACAUUGGAGAGAAACCUUUGACCUUUUCAAUGCACUAAAUAGUCGCUUUUUCUAUUUGUCACACCUGGGUGUGUGUGCGAGUCCCAGUGUCCGUCGGCUGUGUUUAUUGGGAUUGUGGCCCAAAGGCCGUGUGCCUCUGAAACACAAGGGGAUGAUUGUGGUCAUUGUUUAGUGUAGAGGAAGCGAAUGCAACAUGCUUGAAUGCACCGUCUUUAUGUGCUCUGGGAUGCGAAAGUAAAACUUAAGCAUCCGAGACACGUGCUGUCAGAGCUUAUGAUGAAAAUUUUUAAAAAGGAACGAUAGCAAAAAAUAUUUGUCCACCGAAUUGUAUUGUAAACGUAUUUUCUGUAGGAUUCCAAUUGUUUUUCUAACAGUUUGCUGAGUAAAAACUGCUGAAUUUGCACAUUUCCUGUUCAAAUACAGGGUGGAAACCUAAAAUGAGGCGGCGUCAAGCAUCUCUUCUCAGGGCACGAGCCCUGCCUACCUUGUGAGUGCACUGAGUUGGGUCAUCGCGCCUGCUGGUUUCUGUUUGUCAGCAUGUCUCAGAUAAGAGCGAUGCAGAAACAUUUAUUAUACACCAUGACUUUCUGCACCGUGUGUAAUUCAAAUGUCAUGUGGGAGGCGCUUGCAGUACCUUCCUCAUCCUGAAGGGGCGUACGUGAGUUGGAAGGUGCUUGUCACUGCCGCCUAUUAUUAUUAUUUAUAUUUUAGCAGCACCAAGCGGAGAGCAGCAAGUCAAAUGGAAAAUAUUUUUAUGCUCUGCUGAAUGAAUGAAUGAUUUUGACUGCUGAGGUGGAUAGAUUUUAUACCCAAGCUCACCGGAUGGUGAUCAGACUCUUACAACAAAGUAUCAGAACUUUUCCUGGAGAAGGAGAGUGUGCAUGCACUUCAUAUAGCGAUAAAAGGUAUGAGCACACAUGUUUUCAGUUAAUGAGGAAAUAAAUGAAUGGGAUUUUUAAAAAUGAUAACAAAUGAAGCCACUAAGAAUAAUAUGUACAGACUCACUGUCAGCAUUAGAAAAUAUCAAAUCAGGGAAUGUGGGUGAAAGAAGUGACCUUGUUUAUGAAAUAAUAAUCAUGCUUUUCAAAGUGUGGGAACUCAUGUUGGAUUUGCGUCGGUUCCAGUCUAUGUGGGAAUGUUGGGAACUGAGUUGGCAGACAAAUAUGCAAAGCAAGCACUAAGAGCACAAGCUAAGUGUCAUUUAGUGUGGAAAGAAAUGGUAACGAGAUGGCAAGCAAAGUGGAAUAAUGACAGUAAGGGAAGCAAGUGUUCCUUAUCGACCCUCACGUUGGUUUGAGGUGGCAGGUGCAGUAGGCACCUCAAAGAUGUUGAACAAUAUAUUCUACUUAUAAACAAGUCUGACAACAAAAGAUUCUCAAAACCUUAACAAUUUCUUCGGCUUUAGUUUUUAUUUAAUGUAACCACUGCCUAUGUUGUCUUUGUUUUCUGUUAUUUAUAUACUGUUUAUUUAUAUGCUGUU